UAUGAAGUAAGUACAGCCGUCAUUGCUAACAAUAGUAUUAUAAUUAUGUAUCUGUAUAACUAGAUGUGUCCCCGCAGAUCUCCUUGUACGAGGGCUCCUGGGAGCUGGCGGCCGCGUGCGCCGCACUGCUCACCAAGUGCGACGUGCCGCUCGAAGACCAGCUCGAUGACGACAUCUGGGUGGACGUGACGGAGGAGUCCCUGCACCGCAGCCCGCCGCUGCUGGCGCUGCUGCCCUGCUGCCUCGCCGACGUCCCGCUCGCACACAACAUCACGCUGCUCGCGCGGAGGAUCAUCGACAAGGCGUCUCUGAAGGUGCUGAGCGAGGUGUCGCUGGCGGAGGUGGUGGUGCGGGCCGUGCGCGGCGUGGGCCAGAUGCCUGAUACCAACUUUGAAGGUCGCGACCUACUGCUCGAGGAUCUGUACGAGCUGCUCAACAGGAUCGCCGUGAAGGCGCUCUCCACACAACACGGCGUGCAGUGCCCGCAGGCAGUGAUGGAGCUGCACCAGCUGCUGAGCUACGUGGAGGCGGCGGGCGGCGCGGGCGAGCGGCGCGUGGCGCGCGGGGCGCAGCGCGCGCUGUACUGCGCGCAGCUCGACCUGCUGGAGCAGCGCCUGCAGCACGCCGCCAGCGCCGCCGUCAAGCACAACUACUUCACGACCGUGCUGACGUCGGCGGUGUCGCUGGGCGGCGACGAGCGCGCCGAGCUGGGCGCGCGCCACCUGGCCACGGUGCUGCGCGCGCUCGCCUUCCUGCUCACUCACUGCCCCACCGAGCCCGUGGCCGGCGACGCGGACCUCUUCCACCGCCUGCUGUCCACGCUGCUGCUGGCGGUGAGCGGCACGCAGGCGGGGCGCGCGCGCUGGUGGGCGCAGGGCAGCGCGGAGUGGGCGGCAGCGCUGCAGGAGCUGUUCUGGUGGGGCGCCGCGCCCGCGCCCGGCACGCGCGCGCUGCAGCCCGCGCUACUGCGCGCGCUCUACCACGCGCCGCACCACGUGCUGGCGCUGCUCACGCCGCACGACCCCGCGCAGCUGCGGAAGCUGGCGGUGUACCUGCUGACGAUCCUGAAGCACGUGCACGGGGCGGCGGAGAACGGGGAGCCCAGCGUGGAGCUGGCCAUCACGGACUGGGCGCGCACGUGGGCCGUGGCCACGCAGGCCGGCCUCAGCGACCGCGUACCCAGCCACGCGCUGGCGCCCGAGGCCGCCGCCCUCCUGCAGCAGGACAUGGCGCGCUGGGCCGCCGCCGCCGCUAAGGCCAGGCCUCACAUCGCCAAAGUGGUGUGGAGCAAGGACGGGCUGGCCAGCAAGGUGACGGAGAGCGCCAUGUCGGUGACGCGCGGCGUCGUCGACGUGCAGAACGCGCAGCGCAAGGCCUUCAUGGAGCACCUGCGGCGCGCGCAGGCCGACCAGGCCGCCGCGCACCACGCCUGGCAGACGCUCAUCGACACCUACACGCACGAACAAGCGGUGUGGCACGAGCCGCGCGCCUGGCCGCCCGCCUGGCAGCUGGACGACGUGGAGGGGCCCGGCCGCGUCCGCGUGCGCCUGCGCCGCGCGCCGCUGCUCGUGGCCGAGCGCUUCCUGCAGCCCGCGCAGCGCCACAAGGCGGGCCCGCGCCCCGCGCCGCUGGCGCGCGUGCUGGCGGGCUGGAUGGCGCGGCGCGGCGGCCUGGUGGCGCGCCUGCAGCUGCACGAGACCGUGGCCUACAUGGCGCGCGCCACGGCCGUCAGCGUGGCCGCCGAGCUGGACGGCGAGCUGCUGCUCACCGACAAGUGCAUCCACUUCGUGCCCGACGACGCGCCGCCGCUGCCCAGCCGCCGCGAGCGCCUCUACAUCCCCGAGCUGCAGGCGGCGCCGCAGGCCCACAGCUGGCCGCUGGACAGCGUGGCGCAGGUGGCCACGCGGCGCUGGUGCCUGCAGGAGCGGGCCGUGGAGCUCUUCCUCACCAGCGGCCACGCGCACCUGCUGGCCUUCGCGGACACCGCGGAGCGCGCCGCUUUCCUCAAGGCACUCGCUGCCACGCAUCAUCCACCUGACAGGAUCGAACCAGACACGUUGACAGACGCAAUGACCCAGUGGCGUAAUGGCAACAUCACCAACUGGGAGUACCUGAUGCGGUUGAACGGGCUCGGUGGACGCUCUUACAACGACCUCAUGCAGUACCCCGUGCUGCCCUUCGUCAUUGCGGACUAUACGUCGCGGAUACUGGACCUCGAGGACCCCGCCUCCUUCCGGGACCUCAGCAAACCCAUGGCUGUGCAGAACAAGAACAGGGAGCAACAUUACAUCAAUAUCUAUAACGACCUGAAGGCGGCGCGGCGCGAGGGCUGCAGCCCGCUGGUGGCGCGCGCCCCGCACCACUACGCCUCGCUCUACUCCAACUCCGGCGGCGUGCUGCACUACCUCGUGCGCGUGCCGCCCUUCACCGAGCUCUUCCUCAACUACCAAGACAAUAACUUCGACAUGCCGGACCGCACGUUCCACUCGCUGGCGACGACGUGGCGGCUCAUCACCAACGACUCGCCCACCGAUGUCAAGGAGCUCAUCCCAGAGCUCUUCUAUCUGCCGGAACUGUUUCACAAUAAUGAAGGUAUAUCUACCGUCUGGUACUUGUGGUUAACUGAGUGCAAUAGCAGCAAGUCUGUUGUUGUACUAAGGAUAUUUGACGUAGGUUUGAACCUGGGCAAGCGGCAGUGCGGCGCGAGCGUGGACGACGUGGAGCUGCCCCCCUGGGCGGCGGACGCGCGCCUGUUCACGCUCAUACACCGGCAGGCGCUGGAGUCCGCCUACGUGACCGAGCACCUGCCGCACUGGAUCGACCUGGUGUUCGGGUACAAGCAGACCGGCCAGGCCGCGCUCGACGCCAUCAACGUGUUCCCCGCCUGCACGUACUACGGGUUCGACCCGAUGGCGCUGGAGGAGGAGGUGGACCGCACGGCGGCGGCCGCCAUGGUGCGCACGUACGGGCAGGCGCCGCGCCAGCUGCUGCGCGCGCCGCACCCGCACGCCGCGCGCGACGUGGCCGCCGCCGGGCCCGCGCCGCGCGCCGUCUGGGCCGGCGUGCGCGCCGCGCGCUGGGGCCGCUGGGCCGGCUCGCCCGCGCUGCCCGCGCCGCGCCCCGCCGCGCGCCGCGCGCUGCCCGGCGCCGCCGCGCUCGCCGCGCUGCCGCACGCGCGCUCCGUCGCCGUCGCCACCGCCGCCACCGCGCUCGUCGCGCUGCACGGUACCGCCCGCGCCUCCAGCUUCAUUAUACUCAUUCUUGGGGCACACGGCGCUAUCUUACAUUCGCUACUUUUUACAUGUGAAGGCGAGGUGGGUGGCGCAGGCCAGGCGGGCGGGCAGGGCGCGCUGGCGCUGGUGUCGUGGGGACACUCGGACAACAUCGUGCGCCUCAAGCGACGCCGCGACCUGCGCCCCGACCUGCUGCUGCAGCUGUGCGCGCUGGACCAGAUAACGAAAGUAGAAUCAUGCGUGACGGCGGGCUGCCCGUACCCGCUAGUGCUGGGGUACGCGUCGGGGCGCGUGCAGUGCAUGCGCGUGCGCGAGGCGGGCGGCGGCGUGCGCGCGGCGUGCCGUACGCUGCACGCGCACCGCGCGCCCGUGCACGCGCUGCACGCCGCGCCGCGCGCCGGCCUGCUCGUGUCCGCCAGCCUCGACGGGAACAUCGUGCUCUGGGACCUGCACAAACUGACAUACAUCCGCACUCUGCCCAACCGGGACAUGUUGUCGGUGACGCACGUGACCAUCAGCGAGACGCUGUGCGACAUCGCGUCCGUGCACGACAUCACGGCCAGCAACGCGGGCCCCGGCAGCGCGGGGGUCGCGGGGCCCGACCUGGACGACAACAACGACGCCGAGGCCUACGAAAAGGAUGCCUACAAGUACAAGUCACUCAUUCGAGUGCACACUGUCAACGCCCGGUUUGUAGGCAGCGUGAAGGUGGUGGAGGAGGUGACGUGCGUCUGCUACUCGGGCGCGCCGGAGGGCGUCAGCGUCAACGGCGUGGCGGCCGGCCUGCGCUCCGGCGGCCUGCGCCUCUACAGCUCCUGGGACCUGCGCCCCCUGCUCUACCUGCCGCCGCCCGACGCGCGCGCCCCCCUCCUCAGCAAAAUGGGUUCUAAAAAACAUAAGAAAGAAUCGAAGAAGAAGAAGCACAGGAGUCGGUCUCGUUCCCCACUGGAAAACGAGGAAGUUCAACGUGAUCGUACAGAACGCAAAAAGCAUCGGAAACAUAAAGAUCGCAAGCGAGACCGCUCCCCAGACGUUGAGGAGGUGCCGGUGGACUCCCACCUCGGCAAGGAGUCGGCCGCUCGCUCCCACAGCCGCAGCAGUAGUGUGGAACGUGACAGACGAGCCAGAGAACUAAAUCGCGCACAGAAAGAUGAACAGAACCACAGGGAGAAAAGUUCAGAGAGUGAAGCGAACACGUUCAUACCAGCUCGCUCGGCAGAUCGCUCACAGUCGCCGCCCUCAACGAGCGGCGGCGGUGCUCAAGAGAGCUUGUCAAUUGAAGAAACCAAUAAAUUACGAGCCAAACUUGGACUGAAGCCAUUGGAGCACAAUGAGAAACCUGCAGAUGAUGGCAAAAUAAAAGAUGACUUGGGUGAGUUUUACCACAAGCCGGCAGCUAACCUCGCACAACAGAAAAAAUCUGAGAAAAUACGAGAGAAGCUGCAAGUACACAAGGAGAAGAGGAAGAUUGAACAAAAACUGCAGACGACACUCCUGGCUGAAGAAUCGGACGAUGACGACGCGGCUGCCUGGGCGGCGAUGCUGGACGAGAUGGACGCCGUGUUCGGGGUGUCGGCGCUGGUGGAGCAGGACGCGCGCGACUCGCGCGAGCGCUCCUACACGCACGCCCAGCUCCGCGGCCUCAGGGUCGCGCACGACAUCGACGCCAUAAGUGAGGAGCGCGAGGUUGUGCUGACCCUGGCCGACAAGGAGGUGCUGGCAGAGGACUCUGAGGAUGUCCUCGUCAACGUGAACAUUGUGGACGAAGAGCGAACGAAAAAGAAUCUGUUAGAAGCAAAGAAAGCAAAGGCCGGUUACCGCGCGUAUGACGACGAGGCGGACCUGGAGGCGGCGGCGCUGGGCUACGAGCGGCCCGUGCUCGCCAAGUACGAUGAGGAGAUCAACAAGGGGAAGGAUGCUAAGAACAAAGGUUUCGUCAUCGGAGACGACGAUGUGCUCGAAGCCAAGAAGUUCAGGGAUAUGAUGCGACAGGAGCGUCUGCAAGGUGGUGGGGACAAACGGCUGGAGAGCCUACAGCUGCCAGCCCUGCAGCUAGCUUCCGACUAUAUGGACGAGCACGAACUGGAGGCCAAGUUCAAGAAGACCAAGAGAAAGGGAAAGAUACGCAAGAAACCAAAACAAGAGCCCAUCGACGUGGAGGACUAUGACGCCGCCAGCGCACCGCUCGACACAGACGAUACAGAAGUGAAGACGGAGCAGCUGUCGGCGGCGCUGGCGGUGGACGAGGACGAGGCCGAGCCCGACACCGAGCUGCAGGCCGCCCUGGCGCGCGCGCGCCGACUGCGCCAGGCCGAGCGGGCCCACGACGCGCGGUACAACCUGCCCAAGGUAGAAGAGAUCUUAGAGCGUGUGAAGGAGGAAAAUCCUCAGGAGGCGGAGUGCAGCACCAUGGUACUGGACGCCACCGCGGAGUUCUGCCGCACCCUCGGAGACAUACCCACGUACGGGCUGGCUGGAAACAGAGACCACCACGCCGAGAUCAUGGACUUUGAGCGCGAGGACAUGGAGGCGGAGCCCGAGGCGGACAGUAACGCGGGCGCAUGGAGCCGCGUCGAUGUCGACAACGAAAAACCCGCAGACCUCGCUGCAGGGUCCUGCGUGGGGCUGGAAGCGGAGCCCCGGCUAGGGGCCGGCGUAUGGGGCGCGCUACAGUUGGCUCUCAGCAAGGGCUACCUCGAGCGCGCCGGGGCUGCGCCCCAGCCUGCCUCCGCGGCCAAACAUCUGCUUACCGCUAGGCACUACUCCAUUGAGGAUAAGACCUAUGGUGAGGAUGACAAGUAUGGACGGCGCGAGCGCGGUGGCCACUCGGGUCCGCUGCAGGACUUUCGCGAGAAAAACAACUUCCGUCCUAACAUCAAGCUGGAGUACGUGGACGACGACGGACGACCACUCUGUCCCAAGGAGGCCUUCCGGUACCUUUCACACAAGUUUCACGGGAAGGGACCCGGCAAAAACAAGCAGGAGAAACGGAUCAAGAAAGCCGUGCAGGAAGGGUUAAUGAAGAAAAUGAGUUCGACGGACACCCCGCUGGGCACUCUGCAGAUGCUGCAGGACAAGCAGCGCGAGACGCAGUCCCCGUACAUCGUGCUCAGCGGCCUCAAGCGGGACUCCACCAACUGAGCUCGCGUACACUCCUCCAUCACACCCAUUGUCCUGUACCUAUAAUCUACUUUUUGGCAAUAAAUACGUUUAGACAUG